UUAUGGAAUUGACAAAGUUUCUAGUCUGUGGAGCUAUAAAGGAAGAAAGUGAGGCAGAAUUGUUUCUAUCACGAAUAUUAAGGGUGCAGGAAAAGCAAGGACCUUUCUCCUUUGUUCUGUGCUGUGGUUUCGACUUAAAACAACUUGUAAGUUUGACUACAGCGGCAGAAAAGAAGGAAGAGUUGUCCUUGGAGGUUUAUCUGGCUUCUCAACACAAAUGGGAUAGUGUACCGUUAAAGGAAUCUAUUCAGAAAAACGUUUAUACUCUCAGACCUUUCGAAGUUUUUGAGGUUUGUAGCUUUCGAAUAUCAUUCAUUCCUUGUGGCCUUUCACACGAUUGGAAUGCGUUCAACAGUUUUGUAGAAAGCUGUAUGCGUUCGCAAACUCAGUUAGAUAUUGCAAUCCUGGAUAUUUCUCUCGACAGACAAUCGCUGCAUCUUCAAGGGCAAUAUAGCGACUUAUCAAAAGGUUUGGCGCAGCUAAAGCCACGUUAUUCAUUCUGUUCGGUGGAGCCUUUUGAAUAUUUUGAAUAUGGCCCUUUUCUAUUUGAGGAUAGUUUUACUCUUUCCCGUUUUAUUCAUUUGAGCCAUGUCGGCUCAAAGCAAAAGUGGCUAUAUGCUCUAUCUAUGAAACCUGUAGCUUAUUUGGAUGAAACCAAUUGGAUAAAAGAAAGGUCGGGUCCCUCAGUAUUACCCAAUCCUUUUCAAUUCGACAAAAUCGUCGAAGAAGAAGAAAAAGAAGUAGCAAAUGUUAGAUUUUUGGAGAAGUAUAGUUUAGAUGGUGACGCAAAGAAGCCUCAUCAGGCUUCGUGUUGGUUUUGUUUAGCCAAUGAAAAGGAUUUACAUUUGAUUGUUGACGUUGGUCAGUAUUGUUUUUUGGCACUUGCAAAGGGAUACCUGUCCAAGUAUCACCUUCUCAUCGUUCCUAUCGAACAUGUGGGCUCGAGGUUUGAGUUGUCGACAGAAACUUGGAAGGAAGUACAGUUUUACUUAUCUUUGUUGGAGAAUUGGUGGAGUUCAAUGAAUUUACAAAUAUUUUGGUUUGAGAGAAGUAUGAAACCGCCAUCAGGAAACGAAGUGAAUCAUAUGCAGAUACAAGUUAUUGGAAUGCCUAUCAGAGAAAGCCUUUCUUUUGUAUCUAAUCUUUUGGAUAGAGAAUCUAAGAGACUAGGAGUUACCAUAUGGGAGCUGGGUUCAGAGACUGAGUUUGAAGAGAAAUAUCGUAGUGGAAAGAUGGACGAGUACAUCUUGUUCAAGUUACCGGAUGGUUGCUAUGCUUUACAUGUUGUUGAAAGUGAAAACAAAAGAAAGCGCAAGUAUGCUGGUACACAAUCUCCCUAUUUUGCCUUGUUUUCAUUCGGAAGAAAGAUUGCAGCAUUGGCGAUGAAUAUGCCUCAAAAGAUAGAUUGGAAAAAGUCAGUAAAUGACAUGAAGGAAGAAGAGCAAGUCACGAAUGAACUACGAGAGGAGUUUCUGUCUUGGAAACGCAAAAUGUUUAGCUGAUUUAUUAUAAGAAUUUUCAAUCAGUAGUCUCAGACAACGAUAUGGUUUCC